AUGGAGAAGGGAAAUGAGACGUGGCUGGCAGAUUUUAUUCUCUUGGGGCUCUUCCCCGAGAUGAAGUGUGCCAGUGUCCUCGUGUACGGCAUCACUGUAAUCUACCUGGCUUCCCUCGCUGGGAACCUCCUCCUGCUCCUCCUCAUCUGGGUCGACCUGCGGCUGCACACGCCCAUGUACUUCCUCCUCAGCCAGCUCUCUCUGGUGGACCUGGCCCUCAUCAGCACCACCGUUCCAAAGAUGGCAGCCAACUUCUUCUCUGGGAGGAAGCACAUUACCCGUCCGGCUUGCGGCGCCCAGUUAUUCUUCUUCUUUACUCUCGGUGGCGCUGAAUGCAUCCUGUUGACCUUCAUGGCCUAUGACCGGUACGUGGCUGUCUGCAACCCGCUGAGGUACACGGUUGUCAUGAACCACGCAGUGUGUGUGCAGAUGGCUGCAGCGUCCUGGCUAGGCGGCAUCCUAGCUGCCACAGCUCACACGUCUUACACCAUGACUCUGCCCAUGUGUGGGAACAGAGAAAUCCCCCAUUUCUACUGUGAGAUGCCGGGGCUCAUGAAGAUGUCCUGUGCAGACACGUCCACCUAUGAGCUGGUGGUCUUUGGGAUGGGCAUUGCAUUUAUACUCAUCCCCUUUGGACUUAUUAUGUCUUCUUACACUUUGAUCUUCCUCACUGUCCUGCGAAUGAAGUCCCCCCAAGGAAGGAACAAGGCCCUGGCGACAUGCUCGUCUCAUCUUCUGGUGGUCAGUCUUUACUUAGGACCCUGUGUUUAUAUGUACAUGACACCGGGGUCAUCCCACACGCCUGAGCAAGAGCAGGCUGUAUCUGUAUUUUGCACUGUCCUCACACCCAUGCUAAACCCCCUCAUCUACAGUCUGAGAAACAAGGAUGUGAUCGGGGCUUUUCAGAAAGUCUUAGAGAAAUGUCGGAUCUUGAAACAGAAAACAUGA